CAAGAUGGCAUCUGCUCUGCUUUGUUGCCACCAGGACGGCAGAUUAAAACACAGAGAAGCCAUGAGACUGUUUCAAAACAUUUCACCUCAGUGGAGAGAGGGGCAUCUGGAGAACACAAGAGAAAAUGCUGACAUUUUUUGUGUCUGUUUUACUUCAUUCUGCAACUUCAGUGGCAGUCCCAGUGCCAUGUGCUGAGGUGGUGUCUCGUCUGGAGGCAGAGCUUGAAGGUUUGAUGGAGAUCGUCAGAGAACAGCAUAGAUACAUCCAAGAGCUCCACCGUUCACAGACCACACAGCUGCAAGGUGUCCCCAACUCAUUCAUGGGGACUGGGAAUAUAUAUAGAGAUUGCUCAGAGAUUUUUGAGGAUGGGAACGUGGCCAGUGGUUUGUACGUGAUUCGACCCGAUGGCGUCCCCUCUGCCCUGACUGUGUACUGUGACAUGAGCGAUGGAGGAGGCUGGACUGUGUUUCAGAGGAGGAGAGAUGGAACGGAGAGCUUUGAUAGGGCCUGGGUGGAGUACAAACAGGGAUUUGGGGACCUGUUUUCAGCUGGUGGAGAGUUCUGGCUUGGCAACGAUCCUCUGCAUCACCUCACCUCACAGGGACAAUAUGAACUGCGCAUCAACAUGGAGGAUUUUGAGAACAACCAACGUUUUGCAGAAUACAAGAAUUUUAAAGUGGACGGUGAAAAGGAUGCGUACCAGCUGCAUGUGGGGGAGUACAGUGGAAACGCAGGAGACGCUUUUGGUCCGUCUGUGCUUAAAUUCAGCACGUUUGAUCAUCCCACUUUAACCUCAGAUGAAGACGCACAGUGCAUCGGACACAACAGAGCGGGAUGGUGGUUCAGCAGGUGUGGUGCAGGUAAUUUGAAUGGUCAUUACUACAGUGGACCGUACCAAGCACAGACCGAUGAUGGGGUGGUAUGGUACACCUGGAGGGGCUGGUGGUACUCCAUAAAGUCUGUGGUGAUGAUGGUACGAGCCACAGACCUUCAACAAGCAAAUCAACAACAACAACAACAACAACAACAACAACGAGGCUCUGAGCAGGGACUGCCCAGAGUUAUAAAAAAUCAAAACUGAACAUGGUUAUCAGUGCCUAAACACAUACAAGUUUUUUCAGUAUAUGGACAGGUCACAAAGCUCAGAUCCUCCAGAAUUUCCUCAAUGAGCUGCAGAGGCUGCACUAGCACCGAUGAUUGGCUGCAGGUACUGGGGUUUAGGUUUUAACCAUUCAGAUCAGUGGCAUUUUUGAGCAUCACACGAAUCUCUCAUUUGGACUCGUGUGAGGCUCUGCUUACUGGUUGGAUAACUGUAUUGAGAACAAAACAUAAUCAUAACAUAAAUACAGUAAAUGGGACAUCAUGUCCAGUGUUUUUGUGAUGAAGAAUAACUCAGCGGUACAAUUGUCAUCAGUAAGAAGAAUGUAAAUUUAAAAUUGUACCUACUGUGUGUUUAAAAUUGCCUUUAUAUACCUGUUUU